AUGUGGAUUCCGCCUAUGCCGAAGCCAUUCGCCAGGAUUGAACGCAUGGUGGACCGUUUGGCCCGCCCGUUGGAGCUGCCUGCCGAGCUGACGCGCACACCCGCGUUGCGCACCGGCGGCGAGGUAAAUUCCAAUUUUACGGUUGCGGAGUAUGAGCGGAUCGUGGAACAGUGUGUCGAAUACAUCUACGCCGGGGAUGUCAUUCAGGUGGUGAAUUCACAGCGUUUUAGCCGCCAGACUGACGCGCAUCCUUUCCAGAUCUACCGGGCGCUGCGCGGCAACAAUCCGUCGCCGUACAUGUACUACCUGGAUCUGAACGGGUUCCAGAUAGUCGGCGCCGCCAUCGAAACCGUGGCCAAAGUCGAAGAUGGCCCGCCCGGUGUGAAAAUCGUUGCCACGCAUCCCAUUGCCGGCACCCGUCCCCGCGGCCAGACCACGGCGGAAGAUGCGGCGCUGGAGGACGAACUCCGCAACAGCGAAAAACAGCAGGCGGAACACAUCAUGCUGCUGGAUCUGGGUCGCAACGACAUCGGGCGUGUCAGCGUGCCCGGCACGGUCAGCGUAACCCAGUUUAUGGACGUGGAGCGUUUCUCCCACGUGAUGCACCUGGUGUCCCACGUGGAGGGUCGGUUGCGCGAUGACAUGACAUCCUAUGACGCACUGCGCGCCUGCUUCCCGGCCGGCACGGUGUCCGGGGCCCCCAAAAUCCGCGCCAUGGAAAUCAUCGCCGAAGUGGAGGCGGAGCGUCGCGGGCCCUACGGCGGAGCCGUAGCUUACUUUAGCUACAACGGAAACAUGGACACCGCCCUCAUACUGCGCACCGGGGUAUUCAAGGACGGAAUAAUGUACGUGCAAGCCGGCGGAGGCGUGGUGGCCGACAGCGUUGCCGAGGAUGAAUAUAUGGAGACCCGCCACAAGUCCGGCGCCAUGAUGCGCGCCAUCGACAUCGCCGAGGGAUCGCCCGGAAGUUGA